AUGGUCCAUAUCCAUUCUGUGGCGGAACCCUCAUUUCACCUACGUGGGUUUUGACAGCCGCUCACUGCACUGUUCCGGCUCGUCUAUGCCGUGACGCCCCUCGUGGCAAGCCCUUCAGCUAUGGGGAAUUCACCGAGGAUGAACUGGUUGUCCGCAUAGGCGACCAUAAUCACACACGUCGAGGACGUCCGGCAUACACUGUCCGAGUAAAACACAUUAUCAUUCAUCCAGAUUACCCGCCAGAAGGAGCCAGCAAAGGAUAUGACCUCGCACUUCUUAAGUUGACUCGAACUGUGAAACGCUGUAAGCUUAAUCCCUAUUUAUGAAUUUUGCCAUAUUAGUGUUAUUUGCUCCAUGUUUGCUCAUCAUUCAUGCUGGUCGAGUUCAGGAUUAAGCAUAUGCAUAUUUAAGACUUGUCUCUCCAACAAAACCGGGACUGAAACAGUAGGAAGCAAGCGCAAAUAUACUUGUACCCCGCUAGACUUCAACACAAAUUUCUUCCUGAAAGCAUCAAGCUAACCAACCAUAACAUUUACCAAGCCUUAAACCCUACAAAGAAUAAUUUGGCAAUGCACCCAUGACCCUAAGACCACAUGAAAAUCAAAUUGUAGUUCUUAAUUUCCACUUUUAGAUACCAACCAUGAUAUAAUUAACUUCACAGAAUUACGGUUCGACUGACGGAUUCAGAUUUCGAUACUCCAUGCAAAUGUUCGCGGCAUGAUUACAUAUAAAAUGACGACCAAAUUAAUCUAUGAUCUUGGCGUUCAAAACGUACUGUAAUUACGCAUGAGAAUUAAAAUCACCUUUGUUAUAAGGGAUUAGACCAUUCAAGAAAACCAUAAAAGUCAAGUGGAUUUGACGCAUCGUAAAUGUUUUACAUUAGGAAAAUUCACUAGAGUAAGAAGCAUCACAUAUGUGUCAGCAAAAUUCUUAGUCCAUCUUUGAGGCCAAUUUCAUUCUUCUGUUUGCAAAGCAAAAUAUGCGGAAUUUGCAUGCCUCCCCAAGACAGGAGAAAAAUUUAACGUUGGAGAAUUUUGCUACCUUGCCGGCUGGGGACUGAUUCCACCACGUCAACCCAAAUGGAAACAACCGGAUGUGUUAAUGGAAAUACGAACUCCAAUAGUCAAGCCGUCUGAUUGCAGGAGAAGUCAUACCUCAGUUAACGAAAAGCUCCAUGUUUGCACCAGCACUGCAUAUGGGGUAAGGAUCAAUUUGAAAUGAUGUACAUAUUAAUAUACAAAGUUUAAUCAUUCCUUUUUGACAAAUUCAGCCCACAUGUACGGGUGACAGUGGAGGAGGACUGCACUGUUUUAAGGAUGACAAAUGGACUUUCUACGCCGUAGAUUCCUACGGUGCCGUUAACUGUACAGGCAAGUACAGCGUUUUUGCCCUGACUGGAUCUGCGCUCGAUUGGAUCAAAAAAACCAUCGUAACCAAUAACUAG